UGUUACAGUUUUUGCAAGGAUUCGUGCGCGUGGAGUGCGGCGACGUUGACUGAGUAGGGAGCACGGUGAACGCCUGAAAAUAUGGCAGACUGCGGACGUCAAAGAGACAUGGUGGGAAGGGAAAGCCGCCCUCAACACAUCCUGGAGCCGCAGGGGACAACCGGAGACAAUGGGAUAUCGCAGAUUGCCCACUUUUACCAAGAUCAAGUGGUAUUUAUCACAGGAGCAACCAGUUUUAUCGGAAAGGUUCUGCUCGAGAAAUUGCUGCGAUCUUGCCCUGUUAAGCGGAUCUACCUUUUGAUACGCAGCAAGCACGGCGUGGAACCAGACGCGAGGCUGGAAGCUAUGCUCCGUUCUGAAGUAUUUCAGCGAAUCAGACUAGAAGUACCCGAUGCUCUCGGUAAAGUAAAGGCAGUUGCUGGUGAUCUGACUCAGCCAGACCUGGGAUUAAGUGAAACUAGUCUGCACACCCUAGUGGAUGAAGUGUCGGUCGUCUUCCACUUGGCAGCCACAGCCAAACCCAAUGAAACGUUCAAACAGGCGGUCCAGCUGAAUGUUUUGGGAACACGGCGUACGGUGGACAUCUGUAAACAAAUGCGAAGCCUCUGCGCACUUGUUCAUGUGUCAACAGCCUAUAGCAACUGGGGCAAGAGGGAUGUUCACGAGAUGGUCUACCAAACACCAGUAGAAGCAAACGAAGUUAUCGAAGCAGCUCAAUACUAUACCCUUAACUACUGUCACUUCCUUAAAAUAAAACGGCUCAUUGGAGCGUAUAACUCUUUAUGCAGGUGUGCCGACGAGAAGACAACUAAGCUUGUUGAGAAAUCUUUAUUUGGGCAGCCAAAUAAUUUCACUCUGACAAGUGCUGUAACUGAAUCACUACUGCUGGAUGAGCGCGGACAGCUGCCUCUUGCUAUAGUCCGCCCCUCCAUUGUCACUGCAUCGUGGAAAGAUCCCUUCCCGGGGUGGACAGACUAUCGGAACAGCUGCACCGAUGUCAUCGUGUCGCUAGGUUUUGGUUUGCUACCAUCAGUAUUACUGGGAAAAAACUGCGUCGCAGACCUCAUUCCGGUUGACGUUGUAGCCGAUACGCUAAUAUGCGUUGGCUGGCAGAUCGCCACGACUAGGCCAACAUACCUGAGAGUGUACAACUGUACUAGCGGUGCAUUACAACCACAUACGUGGGGCGAGGUAAUCAAGGAAUUACGGAGAACGAUGAUGCGUAACCCUCUGUCGAGCAGCUGUGGCUUCCCCAGCUUCAUGGUGACCAGCAGCGCAGCCUUGCAUCGUCUCACUCUGUACGGCCUUUGUUUGGUGCCUGCGUUCCUAGGAGACGUGGCCUUGCGGAUGACUGGACGGCAACCCAGUUUUGCUGUUCGUUGUGCCAAGGCCAUAAACGCCAUGAAAUCCCUGCAGUUCCACACCACAAACAGCUGGCUGUUUCGAUCAAACAACGUCGUGGGGCUGAUCAACGACCUCUCUCCUACGGACAAGCAGUUGUUCAACAUUGACGUUCGGAAGUUGGAGUGGUGCCAUUACUGGGAUCAGUACAUACAAGGAAUCCGCAAGUUCAUCUUCAAGACCGGCGAUGCAGAAUUUCCAACUGCACGAAAGCACUUUGGGCGGCUCGACGCCGUGCGCUGGUUCUGGUACUUGGCACUGGCCGUUCUUGCGUGGCGACUUGCAGUAACGCCGAAGGCUUGGAACACCUACAGCUCAGUACGUGUCCUUGCCGCGGUACUCGGCGACAUGAUUGGCUUCCCGCGGUUGCUGUGAUUCUCGCCAUCACACAAAAAAAAAGAUUAAAAAAAACAUGGACAGCCGUGAACUGUGGGCAAAGCGAAGCAUAUAUGUUCUGAAGACGAAGGUUACGGAGUAGCACGACACCGGUUUGCUAUGGUGAUGAAUUCGAUAGCUUAGUUACGCUUCCGCGCACUCUCUACCAGACAUUUCGCAGUCCCUAAAUGAGCCUCAGUGUAUCCCGCCAGGCUCUUUGGCGGGCGCUCCUUAUGACCUCUGCUGCUCUAAAGUUCAUGAAGUAAGGAAUACUCCGUCCCUCAUCUCAAGAGUUUCGCAUGCGAAACUACUGCAACGCAAGGAAAGCUAACCCGUUCAUCGUCGCAACGACUUUGAAAACAGAGUAGUAGUUCCGCUUAAUACAAACGAGCUUAGCCUUGCCCACUUCUCAAAGUUUAGUAAAAUAUAUUCCGUAAAACAUCGUUUCGGCUUACCGCGGUGCUCAAUUCUAUGUUCGUUAUCACAAAUACGAUAAUUUAAUAAAAAUUCCGGCGCCCAUAGGUAACUUUUCAUGAUCAAACUUCCUGGCGGUGUGGGUCUUAGCAGUCAUUGGGAUCUGUAGGUCUAAUUGGGAGCGAAGAGUCCCACAACGGCUAUAAAAAUAAUGUUGAGCGCAAGUUGCAAGCAAAGAUAUCUAUCAGCUCGGAGCUUUCUUUUUCCCUCAAUACUUCUAACAAAUUCAGCCUUCUCGCAACAGCUGCACGAAAGUGCAAUACACAAAGCGCUUUUGUUUCAUUACUAAUUCGAUCAAAAUGUAUUAUAAAUUAAAUCUUUAUGGUGAAACGGUUCGUUUGGUGGUGUCUU